GCGGGCGGGGUGUGGCGGGGGCGGCCCCGGUGGGAGCGGGGCUGCUCCGGGGGGGUCCCGGCGCCCCCCGAUCUCUCCAUGCAGGGCAUGGGGAGCCUCCGGCUGGGCAACCGCGCCGUCAUGUACACGGCGGAGACCCUCUCCAAGGGCAAGAACCGCGUCAUGGGGACCAUCCAGAUCAUGACGGGAUUCCUGCACAUCGGCUUCGGGAUCGUCCUGACCACGCUCACCAGCCUCUACACCUCGGUGUUCGUCAUCGGAGAGAUCCCGUUCCUGGGCGGCGUGUCGUUCAUCAUCUCCGGCUGCCUCUCCAUCGGCGCCGAGAAGAGCCCCACGGAAUGCGCGGUGAAGGGCAGCCAGACCAUGAACGUCAUCAGCGCCAUCUUCGCCCUGCUGGGCAUCGUGGCCUUCAUCGUCGACCUCAACUUCAACGUGCUCUACCACUCCAGCCUCGACUACCACGGAUACCUCGUCCUGCUCGCAGGGAACGGGAUUUCCAUCGUGCUCCUCAUCUUCACCGUCCUGGAAUUCUGCAUCGCCGUGGCCACCGCCAACUUCUGGUGCCGGGCCACCCGGCUCAGCUCCAACGAGUCCAUGCUGAUCGUCCCCAGUGCCACCCGUGUGGACCUGGCCGUGCCGCCGGCGGAGCUGCCGCAGCCACCCAGCUACACCGAGCUGGCUGCUCCUGAAGUCUGACACCGGAAUGGGAUCCUGCCUCCAUCGCUCCCAAAUCCAGGGCUACGGCAUCGUCUUCCCGCUGGGAUAUGCUGGUCCCACCCCUCCAAAAGCCAGCGAGCCCCCCCCAAAUUCCCACUCUCCUGCCCAUCCAUCUGCCCCCGUGCCUGGUCUGAGGGGCAUUCCUUGCUGGCUGCUUUGGGAAGGGGCUUCUCCAUGCGGGACUCUUGCGGAAUUCCUGCCCGUAAAUCCCCAGUGGGAUUCUGGGAUUCGCUCCUGUCAGGAUUCAGGACUUCCCGGGGUUCCGGUGGCUUGGAGUGAUCCCGACGUGUGGAUCCACCGGACCAUCUACCUCGGCUCGUCCCGCGUUGGCUUGGUUUUAUCUUGGGAAUAAACGCUCGGUCCGGGCUUGUGGCUCCUGAA